AUGAUGCAUCCCCUCGUGGUCGCCGAACUCGAGGGCCGCGGUGACGGAGUUCCAUUUCGGGCUGUGACGCAGCAUGUCCACAGGACCUGGGCGCGGACCUUUUCGUGCGUGCCCGAGCUCUACAUCCAGCCGGAAUCCCUCGCCGAGAUCGAGAAGCUCGUUGGGCUGGCCCGGAGGUGUCGGCGUCGCGUCGUCGUUACCGGCUGUGGCCACUCGCCAUCCAACAUCACCUGCACCUCGAGCUGGCUGGUUAACCUCGACCGCUUCAACAACAUCCUCUCUGUCGACGAGGCCACAGGCGUCGUCGUUAUGCAGAGUGGCAUCCGGCUCUACACCCUGUGCGAAGAGCUUGAGAGACAUGGCCUGGCCAUGCCCAACCUCGGCAGCAUCAACCAACAGUCCAUUGCCGGUGCCAUCUCAACCGGCACCCACGGCAGUAGCGUCCGGCACGGCCUCAUGUCCGAGGACAUCAUCUCCUUGAAGAUUACGUUGGCCAGUGGGACCUCCGAGUUCUGCUCCGCAGACGUCAAGCCUGACCUGUUCCGAGCGGCUCUUCUCUCUCUCGGCGCCCUCGGCAUCAUCACCGAGGUCGCCUUCCGCGCCGUGCCGGCCUUUACGCUCAGGUGGAAGCAGACCAUUGAUACUGAUCGCAAACUGUUCGAGCAAUGGCCUCGCGAACUGUGGACGCAAAAUGAAUUUGUUCGCGUCUGGUGGUUCCCUUACACUCGCCGCGCUGUCGUCUGGCAGGGCGAUAAGACGGCAGAGGCCAACGUCGAUCCCCCGGUCAGCUACUACGACAGAGCGCUCGGCUACUACGUCUACCAUAACCUGCUCUUUUUGGCGCAGUAUGUCCCACGCGUGCUGCCUUGGGUCGAGUGGUUUGUUUUUGGUAUGCAGUACGGCUUCGCCAAUGGCUCUUCUUCCACCGCUGUGCAGCCAAGCCGCAAGGCGCUGCUUAUGAACUGCUUGUAUUCGCAGUUCGUCAACGAAUGGGCGAUUCCCCUUCACAAGGGGCCCGAAGCGUUGCGCCGGCUCAGCUCCUGGCUGAACCAUUUGACACCCAAAGACCCCGACUACGUGCCUCACAACAUCCCAUUUUCCGCUGAUGGGCUUUACGUCCACGCGCCGGUCGAGGUUCGCGUCAGCGACACGACGCUGACAUCAAAUGUUCGGCCUUUCCUUGACCCGACAGUCGAGGAUGGACCGACACUUUACCUCAACGCCACGCUAUAUCGUCCCUACUGGAGCGAUCCCCCAUGCCGAGAAAGAUACUAUGAGGCGUUCGAGUGGCUCAUGAAGGACUUGGGCGGACGCCCGCACUGGGCGAAGAACUUCGAGACAUACCGGUCCGAGAUUGAGUCCAUGUACGGCAAGCGACUCUCCGAGUUCCAGCGCGUUCGAGACGAGGCCGACCCCGAGGGCAUGUUUGUCGGACCCUGGCACCGGGACCGUGUUCUUGCGGAGGAUUCACAGUUUGCUCUGGAGGAAAUCGAGACGACCCGUCAAAAGGCAUCCGAGGGAGGGCUGAGGGUGUUUGGGCUUGUGAACUGA